CCCCCCAUUCAACCCACAAAACAAAACUCACCAAACCAUUCUCACAUUUCAUCAAAAACUUCUUCAUCUCUAGACCAAUCUCUUUCAAACUCUAAAAUUUGUUGUGAAAAACUAAAUGGCUCCUCCUAAACUUGUAAGUAAAACCACCAAGGCCACAAGCCUGGUCAAGGCGGCGAGCCUGACGAGCCGAGCUUAUGUCACGUUCUUGGCUGGGAACGGUGACUACGUGAAGGGCGUGGUCGGGCUGGCCAAGGGCUUGAGAAAGGUCCAGACAGCGUACCCACUUGUGGUGGCAGUGCUGCCAGACGUGCCGGAGGAGCACCGCUGUAUGCUGGUGGCUCAGGGCUGCAUAGUCCGUGAGAUCGAACCGGUUUACCCACCUGAGAACCAGACCCAGUUCGCUAUGGCCUACUACGUCAUCAACUACUCCAAGCUUCGCAUCUGGGAGUUUGUGGAGUACCAUAAGAUGAUAUAUUUGGACGGAGACAUUCAGGUGUUUGAAAAUAUAGACUACCUUUUUGACAAUCCAAAUGGAUACUUUUAUGCUGUGAAAGAUUGUUUCUGCGAGAAGACAUGGUCUCACACCCCACAGUACAAGAUUGGGUACUGUCAACAAUGUCCUAAUAAGGUCCAAUGGCCUGCUGAAUUGGGUCCCAAGCCUCCUCUCUAUUUCAAUGCUGGCAUGUUUGUAUAUGAGCCUAGUCUCUCCGUCUACGAAGACCUCUUGAACACUCUCAAAAUCAUCCCUCCUACCCCUUUUGCUGAGCAGGACUUUUUGAACAUGUUCUUUAAGGAUGUUUACAAGCCUAUCCCACCAAUUUACAACCUUGUUUUGGCUAUGUUGUGGCGCCACCCAGAGAACAUUGAACUUGAUAAAGUGAAAGUAGUUCACUACUGUGCUGCGGGAUCGAAGCCAUGGAGGUAUACUGGGAAAGAAGAGAACAUGGAUAGAGAAGACAUCAUAAUGCUAGUAAAGAAGUGGUGGGACAUAUACAAUGAUGAGUCAUUGGAUUACAAGACUAACAUAUCACUCAUUGAAGGGGUGGCACUGUCGGAGACCAGUGUUGGUCAUUACACGCCCGCUCCAUCCGCUGCUUAGCUUUAUUUUUGGAGGGGCUAAAGUGAAGAACCGCAUUCAUAGCUAAUCCUGUUUUUUAGUUCUUUAAUUUUUUAAAUGUGUAUAGGCUUUUUAAAGUUAUGAAGGAUGGUCUUACUUAAAGUGGAAGAUGAUGUAAUUAGGAAAAAUAGAUAUUGCUUUUGUUUUUGUUUAACUUGUAUUUUAUUGGGUAUGUGAAUAUUGGAAAUGUAUAAUUGCACUUAUACAUUUUCAUUGUUAACAAAGGUGGAAUCCAUGGUGCUCUGUAUCUCAUUUAGAUUU